GCAUGGCCUCCCAUUUAGCCUUUUUGAGGCUCGCGAUUCUCGGCGCUCGACGUUCGUCAAGGUGCCUAAUUCAGUUCGGAGUCGUGGGCGAAAAGCUAGUCGUACAUUUGUUCGCACUUGGCUGAACAGCCACAGAGAGGAUUGCGGCCGUUUGUGAGAACGAGGAUCAGGAAGCCCGUCUCUAGCCCUCGUUUAGCGCAUGUGCCUGGACGCCGACUCGAGCGGAAGGGGCUGUGAGAGCCUACUAAACGCCGCGUCUGUAGAUCGCAGGUUACGUUGAGUAGUGUCAUAAGACAGAGACACUAUGUUGGCCUGGUCGAUCUCAGCAGCCGUAGCUACUCUGCGGUUGGUGAACAGCCAAACCACCGACGCAGUGUGUAAAACUGGCAACGAAGGGCUAUCCAACUCCCUAGGCCAGAGUCCAUGUCUCAUGGUCGCGUAUAUGAUGGGCGCUUGUCAACCCGAUGGAAACUGGGACAUUCAAGCCCUCCCCGACAUCACCUUCAUGUAUAGAGGUACAACGGCAGAGGAGGCCAAUGUUUGUACCUGCAGCUCUAUUGCGUAUAUGCUAUCAAGUGCGUGCGGAUUCUGCCAAGGACGCGGAUAUAUGGAAUUUGGCGAAGUGUGGAUUCAGAAUUGCUCUCCCCAGGAUGUAAACAACGGCAGCUGGACGAGAUUAACAUCAAUCAAGCCUAUAGGAUAGGCGACGUGCUGAAGUCUACUGGCACUGCAACAUUCACCGGCACACCUAGUGGCAGCUCGUCAUCGGCGACCGCGAGCAGCAACCCAACAGGGAGUAGCUCCGGCACGGCAACAAGAUCGGGCGGUGCCACCACGGGGGCCACUGCUCAGAACGGCGGGCUACCUUCGCAAACAUUUGGCCCUGCUGCAUCUGGCAACAGUACACAAUCGCAAACGGCCAGGGACGAGGCAAACGAUAAGCACGAUAAUAUCGGCUCGAUCGUGGGCGGCGUUGUGGGCGUGCUUGUGUUCCUCGUUAGCGUCGGGGGCACCAUAUACUAUCUCGCUAUCUUACGCCGGCGACGUUCAACGCCCCCCCCCUCGACAUGCAGACGCCGCCCGUACGACCCCAGCACCGCUUUCUCCGCUCAUUGCACCCAGGGCAGUACCGGCACCUCUCACCCCAUGCGCCUAUACGAUCCUUCUGACCCGACCACAUUCCCUCCCACCCCAGCCCUGCUGUCUCUGACGGACCAGGUCGACAUGACGCAGGCCACAUACUGCAAUCCGGAUGCACCUGUGAAUUGCCUGAUCCCUAAACUAUGA